AUGUCAAUUAGAUGUGUUUUGUUUUGGUUAGAUGGUAUACUUUCUAAAUAUGAAGAUGAUAGUUCACUGUUGGAUGGUUUGUCAAUUGGCGUUUUAGAUAAGUUUGUAGAGGAGGGCUGUGUAGGUCAAUUACUAUCACUCCAACAACAUGACACAACAUCAUUGAAUUUCAGUCAAUUACUUGGUUUUGAAUCCGAUUCAGAUCAUAAAGUAACAUAUAAUACCUUUAAAGAAAAAUAUAGUAAUUUAUCAUUAAGAUUAAUUACAUCUUCACAAUCAUUACUUCAAGAUUGUAAUACCAAAGGAUUCGAUUCGAUAUUGGUAAACAAUGUUAACUGUAAAGAUCUAUUGAAUGAAAUCAAUAAACCGAUGAAAGAAAAGGUAGAGAUGGUCAUUAUUCAUUUGGAACCUGUUUCGAAGGGUCUAGAGGAUAGAAGAGCAUUGCUCACUACUUUAGAUCAAACAGUUCAAUCUUUAAAGCAGCAACAAGAGCAGCAACAACAAUUUGAAACCUAUAUAAAUAUUGUAAUUUCAUUCGAUAGUCCAAAUGUAACAGUACCUCUGACCGAACAACAACAAUCGAGUCAACAAUCCAUUCCAUCGACAUUCAUUCCACCAAAACAAAGUACACAAUUCUACAAUGGUAAACCAGUGGAACCAAGACAAACUUCACCAAUGUUUGCAAUUUAUUCACAUGCACCAUGGACAAGAAAAGAUGAAUCGAAAUCAUUUAGAUUGGAUCAGUUUAUUAGAGGUUGCAACGGAAAGAUCUUGACCAUUCAAUAUCUAAAGGAAUUGGCAUUCAAACUUGGAAAGAUACCAAAGUAUGGCGCUUAA